GAGGCAGAUACAGUGCCUUUUCAGUAGUUUCCAGCUCUGCCAGAGCUGAGCUGGAGUUGGGGAGAGUCGUCGGCAGACUGUAGAAUAUGCAGUACUGUAUGUAUUAGACUCCAGCUCUUUCAGUACAGAAGUAUUCCAUCGUUAACCAGCUCUGAAAGAACAGCAAAACAGAGGAUAUACUUUUAAACAGUUGAUUGCAGUAAACUGGCCUGUGCUGUGAUGCCAGAUAAAGCAGGGGAGGCUACAGAGACCAUAAUCAGGAAUGAAGAGAUAAUGGACAAUCUCGUUAUGGUGGAAUGAGGACCAUGGAUUCAUCAGACCGCGACCGUCCAGUCAGCUACAGCUCGACUUCCUCCUCAGCCUCCUCCAGGGACAGCCAUUGCUCUUUCAGCAGUGGGAUGACCCUCGUCUCCAACAGCCCUUUAGGCCUCAACAGCCAGGACAAAGAAGCCGGGGCCAUUAAACUGGAGCUAAUCCCAACACGAGGUUUAUCAAAUCCAGAACAGUGUGAAAACAGUAGGCAGGGGAAUCUGAAUCCUGUGUCGAUUGUUGAGAAGCAGUCAACUCCAGCCACAAACACUGCAGCUAAACGAGUGGAGUCCAAGGGAUCACAUAGAAAUCGUGCAACAUCACCGACUGCAACAUCUGCCACUCCUAAACUGCUUUAUGUUGAUCGUGUUGUGCAGGAAAUCCUGGAGACAGAACGUACCUACGUUCAGGAUCUAAAGACCAUCGUGCAGGAUUAUCUUGACUGCAUCACGGAUCAAUCACGCCAUCCAUUAGGAACAGAAGAACGGUCUGCCCUGUUUGGGAACAUUCGAGACAUCUAUCAUUUUAACAGUGAACUGCUUCAAGAUCUAGAGAACUGUGACAGUGAUCCAGUUGCAAUCGCAGAGUGUUUUGUUGCAAAGAGUGAAGAAUUCCACAUUUAUACACAAUACUGCACAAACUAUCCAAGGUCUGUGGCUGUACUGACUGAAUGCAUGAGAAACAAAGUACUUGCCAAGUUCUUCAGAGAGCGACAGGAAACCUUGAAGCACUCCCUCCCACUGGGGUCCUACCUUCUCAAACCGGUGCAACGGAUCCUCAAGUACCACCUCCUCUUGCACGAAAUAGUUAACCACUUGGAUAAGGACACAGAGUGUUACGAUGUGGUGCAGGAUGCCAUUGAUACAAUGCAGAGGGUGGCAUGGCACAUAAAUGAUAUGAAGAGAAAGCAUGAACAUGCAGUGAGACUACAGGAGAUACAGAGCCUGCUAACCAACUGGAAGGGACCAGAUCUGACCAGCUACGGAGAGUUGGUUUUAGAAGGAACAUUCCGCAUACAGCGAGCCAAAAAUGAACGCACUUUGUUUCUGUUAGAUAAGCUUCUUCUCAUCACUAAAAAGAGAGAAGACAUGUACACCUAUAAAGCCCAUAUUUUGUGUUGUAACCUUAUGCUCGUGGAAGUAAUACCAAAGGAGCCGCUUAGUUUCAGUGUCUUCCACUACAAGAACCCAAAAGUGCAGCACACAGUACAGGCCAAGUCAGUGCAGGACAAGAGACUGUGGAUUCUUCACUUGAAGAGACUUAUUCUUGAAAAUCAUCCAGCAAAGAUUCCAGCCAAGGCUAAACAAGCAAUUCUAGAAAUGGAUGCAAUUCAUCACCCAGGGUUCCACUACAGCCCAGAGGGUGAGAGGAGAGCAGCUGCUCACGUGAGGGAGGAGGGCAUUACACCUCGCAGAGUCCGACGGAAGUCUGAACCUUCAACAAGAUUGAAGUCUCCCAAGCAACCUGAAACCAGACAAGAAAAGCGGGCGAGUAUCGAAGGAUCCCUUCUCUCUUCCACUGUGGACGCGGCUUUGAGUGAAACUACUUUCAGCCCCAAGUCUGUAGAUGAGUCCCUCCAGUGCAGUGACACUGUAAACCAGUCACAGGAGUCCUUGGAACCAGCCUACCCAAGUGACCAAGAAGAGAGUCUCCUUCAGACCCCAACCUUGGAACAGACUGAUGCUGAUGAUGAGGAGGAAGCUGAACAGAGGGGGCGGCCUGACUCGCAGCAGCAAAUGAAGGGAAGUCGUAAGAGGCAAAACAGCCAGGACUGGGAAGACUUUGAUAAACGGCGGAGCUUCAAUUUCAGCACAUCUUCUUUACAGAGUGCUUCAACACCGUCAGCAAAGGAACCGUGCCAGUUCACAACAUCCGCAGGCAGUGCCGCUACUGGUGCUCUGGCUUCAGAGUGGAUCAAAACAAAAGGGAUCUCGGGCAGCGUUCAGAUGGCGGAUCCUAGAGGCGCUUGUGCUGUAAGAGAACUGUGGUCUGAUGCUCCGAUCAGAGAGAUCUUGUUCCCUGGCCAACCUUUGAGUCGCAGGAAUCCAGAGGACGAUGACUACCAGAUGUUCAUGCCUGCCAUCUCUACACCCACCCUGAACUCCACACAAGUGUCGCAGGCCUGCACUGAGUCAAGCAGGCCCUGUAGCUGGCACACUGAAAUCACUCAGGAAAAUCCCAUUCCGGCCAUCAGCCGCAGAAUUGUGAGAAGAGCCAACAGUGUUAAGGAGAAUCAUUCCACUUUCAGGAGCACAACGAGUAGUAAUGAUAAACAGGGUUGUCCAAAGCUGUCGAGAAACGCCAGCCUUUGCAACUCAUCUCCUAAAAUCUGUGCUGCACAACCCGUAGCUUGUGCCAUGGAAACCUUCAUAGACCUGCAGAGUCCAGCUGCAAGUAGCUGCGAAUCAAACCUUGAUAUAACGGACAGCUUAAAAACCGGUCCCGUCAAAAGUAUCUACGAAAACGUCCAGCUCAGUGAAGACCUGAAAUUGACCGGCAUGAGGGAGAAUGCUGCCCCUAUUCGUCACGGAGGCAUCAAGGUGACCGAUCGGGAGGGUGACAAAGAUAGACCAUGUGACCAAAAUAAGUCCAAAGCCCCUUUCAAAGACAAGAAACUAACCACCACACGUUUCACUGAAAUCCGAAGAAGAGCAGCAGCAAAUAAAUCCACUGCCUGUCCACAAAAGGAGGUAGACACAACAAAGUGUUUCACUCAGACCAUUGGUCUGUGUGAAAAAAAUCACAAGAACGUAAAAACUGAUUUCAAAGAAUGCACUGAAAAAGACAGCUUUCUGGGCCCGGAUAUUGACAUUGGGUGCUAUGAUAACAUGGGGAGGUUUGUUUCUGAGGAGAGCCUUCAGUUCAGUGGAGACGAUGCUCCAUGCCUCUUGGGGAAAGGCUACCUGGGCUGGGUUGACAGCUCCUCCAAUUCCAAUUCCCUGUCGCACGAAUCGGUCCCAGAUAAACUGUCCGAGGAAGUCGAUGAGAUCUGGAAUGACUUAGAGAACUACAUUAAGAAGAGUGAAGAGACUAAGAAGGAUCGUCUGCCUGCUGCAUUUCCGGUGAGCAAAGAUGACUUAAACCAGCCAGAUUGCCCUCAGGAGAAUUCUCAGAAUAGCACAGAAUUGCAAGAUUUACAGCCCACCACUCCCAUCACUGACAACCCUAGUAUUACCAAAGCCGUGAAGAACAAACUGACCAGACUCAGUGGCACUGGUUUCAAGUCUGAGGAAGGUGAUCUUAGGAGGGACCAUUCUGCAUUGAAUGCCAGCAGCAGUUCCUUCGUGGCUGAUGGGAUCGUUACUGAAAGCCCCCUGAGUGGAGCAAGUAGCCACAUAUCAUUCACAAGUAGUGAGAGCCUUGACCAUGGACUAGAUAUUGUGGAUCGAACGAAACGGAGAGUCUACUACAUGGCCAGGCAGUACAGCCAGAAAAUUAAAAGGGCCAAUCAGCUGUUAAAGAGGAACCCUGGAGAGCAGUCGCCAUCUGAUCACCAGAAACAGAAAUACAAAGACCUGGCGGCCAUUCUGGAGGAGAAGAAACAAGGAGGUCCUGCUAUUGGAGCUAGAAUUGCUGAAUAUUCCCAGUUGUACGACCAAAUCGUAUUCAGAGAAACAGCCUUGAAAUCUCAAAACACUCUCAAUGACUGCACUGGGGAGAUGUUUGGUCUGAAUUUGGAAUCCCCUCUGUACUCUGGCUGUGAUACUGAGAGGCAGUCUCUCAGUACGGAUGAUUGGUUCCUUCAUUCCACGUAUAGUAAUGGAGAGCUGGCUGAUUUUGUACCUUGGCCUAAUGUUCAGGAACUUAAAUCUAAAUAUGUGUCACCAGAGAAGAAUGCGCAACUUCAGAGGAAACUCGCGUUAACUGGCUUGUCAACAAUUGUGAAUUCACCAGUUCCCUGUUCACCUGCCUACCCACAAGUCCUGACGCAAAGGUGGAGCACCAUCAUUAGCCCGCCAGAUAAAGAAAACCUUUGCCAAGAACAGAAUUACAACUCUUUGGGACGAAGGACAUCAGCAGGAAAACCACAGCUCAGAUCUCAGUCGUCCACUAUUGGGGUCAGCCGUUCAUCUGAUUCGAUAACCUAUACAUGUCAGUCAGAAGGGAACCUGCUUCGUGCCAGCAAAAGCUCCUCAUUUGACAGACCUACCUCUAUGGCCACUCGGAGCGUAGAUAGUUUGGCAUAUGCAGGUGCACAGCAGCAUUUCUGUACAGAAGCUCUGGGUGACAGUCAUUCAGGAUUAAUCCUGCAGGAUUCUCAGAAGGUCCUGGUUGUAAAUAGGAUUCCACCACUAGAUGCGCAGACGGCAACACAGAACUACUUUGCAAACUUUAAUGACACGGGGGAGGACGAUGAAGACUAUGUAGAAAUCAAAUCAGAUGAUGAUUACGAUGAGCUGGAUGAUGGGCCUCACACUCCAGAUAUGAGCUUUGAACCUCAAAGUAAUGCAAAAUCCACCCCCAAACAUAUCGCUUUUUCCAGCACAAGUGACUUGCAUUCAUUGAGCGCUCCCUGCACUCCGGUGACCAGUGACAUCAAUACAUCAGAAUCCUUGGCUGCACUUACUUCUCCGGACAAACUGGACGAUUACUUAUGGAGAGUCCCCUCUCCCACUCAACAGAAUAUUGUACAGACUCUAAGGGAAAAGUUUCAGUGUCUGAGCUCCAGCAGUUUUGCUUGAAAAGGUCCAUUUUCUGUAGUUCACUUGAUCUGUUCCAGAGAGACUGAAAAAGGGAUACCCUAAUGUAUUAAUAUUUUAUCACUGCUAUAUGAUCUGCAAACCUCUUAAAUGGUUAUAAAAUGCUCUAUUACGCCACCUUGCUUGUGGUAUCUUAGUUAGCAAAGCUUUAUUUUAAACUGUGUAUGUUGAAUUAAUAAUGAUGUGUGCUCACCUGGAAAAUGAAGCAUGUAUCGGAUACAGGGAAAAGACAAGAACCUAAGUCUAACCACCAGAUGCACUGUCCUACAGGAAUGCAGAGCUUGUAUUAUAAUUGCUGCAAUGUAAUUGCUUUUGAUGUGUUCCCACCGACUUGAAAGGUUUGCUCUAGGUUGGAAUCUGGUCCAGUUGCCUCAUUUGUAAUAGAUCCGACUGUUUUCACUGGUGAGGCUAAGUAUUUGGGAAGAAUUCUUUACAGCUCCCAAGACUACUUGGUUCAGUUUUGUGGAAUUAUAUGUGCAGUUUUAGUUGUAAAUUUCUCGUUCCAAUGAAUGACAUGCAAGCUGUUGGGAUGUGAGGAGGACGGCACAGCAGUGUGGGAAUCCUAUCAGUGUAGUUAUGCAGUAACAUAACUGCUUCAUUGGUAAUCAGCUGAAAACGACAACCUUGUUAGUUUAUGAGACAUAAUGUUAAUUGUCAAAUAAAACUUCAGCUGCUGUGAUACCAAUACAGUGUCAUGUUGGCACAAUGGCCGGCUAUCUGGUACUGUUGGCAGUUAUUCCAUCAAAACAUAGCAACCACCAAAUGCCCAAGUCACUUGUGCCAUUAAUUAUAUUUUUGUAAGUACCUAUUUCGAACUACCAAACCCACAAAGCUAUCAAGUUGCCACAAGGAUACUGAGCUUUAGAUACAGUAGUCAUGUCAUGAGCUAUACCAAUAAAAACCUCUGCUACCUGAUGAUUAAAUAACCUGUGUUGUCUCUACCAUAGAAAGCGGACAAGUGUUAGCCAUUGAUUGGUGUUUUUGUGCCAAUGGUUUUCCAGCCUUGCAACUUAUUCUCGUAAUAUAAUUAUUCAUGGUUACUUCAAGAAAUAUAAAGGGAAGAUAAUGGUUCUUUGCAGUCCAUUAACCUUUGCGUUGUCUCCCAACCCUCAAAUGUUUAGUUCUUCUCUAAGUUUCCAAAUUCCAAGACUGAGGGCGAGAAAGUGAUUGGUUUCAGGGACUCUGCCACUUGUGGUCUGGGUUGUCUCACUUACCCUCUCUUUGUCAGGGAAGGGACCAAUCUCUUUAUCACCACCUGCCUCCUCGUAGACAGUCCAAAAUUAGGAGGGCACUGAGAAAAGGAUUGCAGCUGUGAACUCAAUCUUACCCAGGGUUUAUAUUCCAUCUUAAUGCCUAAGGUUUGUCAAUCUGGCAUUGCUCGCAUUUUAUAUGAGCAACACCUUUCUGGAUCAAUGGAAAUACUCAUUACCAAUCACUUAAUUAUUCCCAGUAAUAAAAAUCACCAACUAUGAUCCAGAUCACUUUCAGUACUCAGAGAAAGGCAAAUUACUUACUUGCUCAAGAUUCAAAUACAUUUAAUUCUGGAUUAAUUUGUAUCACCGUAGAAUUCCAAUAUACCAGGCUGUUGGGAUACACGUCUGUUCAGUAGAAUUGUUGGUCCUGUCACGAAUGCUCCAUAUUUAAUUACUUAUCAGGCUAAGUACACCAGUUAAUUCAAAUCCAAAUUUCAUCUACACACAAACGGACAUAAAAUGUAUUUGCAGCCUUUUUAGACUGAAUAAUUAAAUAGUAAAUUUGUCUGCACUUAUUAGAAAUCAAUUUCUUGAAUAUUUGUUUAAUAUUUGUUUGGAUAAGACAGUCAUUCAUUUAUCAAGAUUUAACUAUCAUUUAUUGAGCUACAUAGUGUAUUAGAACGUUAUCUACAAGUCACAGUUGCAUUUGUGAACACAAAAGUAUCAUUCAGGUCAGUAGUAAUUUUGCAAUUUAUUCUACCCUUGAGCAUGCAUGUGUUGCUUUAGUUAAUACCAUUGAACCCAGAUUGUAAGGACAUUUAUAAAGAUGUAUCAGACUUGCCAGCUUGCAUAUGCUUAUAUUGCUUCACAUAGGGGAACGUGAACCGGUUCUGUGUGGCUGUGUGUGCAAAAGGAAAAAAAAAUCUUGUGCUUUCUUUCAAAUGUAGGCAAUAGCUGUACAUGUGGAUUAGUCCAGGUAGCAAUAACGCAACAUAUAAUCGUGCAAUAUGAUUCCCAAUAUUUGGUUUUUAUCGUAAUGCAUCAUUUAUCAUUUGUAAUCUGUACAAUUCGACAACCAAAUGUAAGCUAUCUUUU